AUGCAAAGAAAGAAACCAAAUCCAGAGAAAAAAAAUCAUUUAACAGUGAGUGAUGAACCCGUGCAGCCAUCAGGAUCAGGUGUAAGAGAUAAGAAAGUCAAUCCAAGUGGUGAGCCAACACAGCCGCAGAGCUCGCAACAGAAUUUGCAAAAGCAUCCACCACCGCUCUCGCAGCAACACCUGCCACAGCAGCCUCAACACCUGCCAAAGCAGCCACAACACCUGCCAAAGCAGCCACAACACCUGCCAAAGCAGCCACAACACCUGCCAAAGCAGCCACAACACCUGCCAAAGCAGCCACAACACCUGCCACAGCAGCCUCAACACCAACCCCAGCCGCCACAACGUCUCCCGCAAUAUAGCCCACAACGUCACCCACAACGUCACACGCAACGUCAUCCACAAAAUCACCCACAAAACCACCCACAACAUCACUCACAACAUCACCCACAACAUCACUCACAACAUCACCCACAAAAUUAUCCACAACAUCACCCACAACAUCACCCACAAAAUCACCCACAACAUCACCCACAAAAUCAACCACAACAUCACCCACAACCGUUACCACGACAAUUGCCGCAGCAAUUGCGACAGAAAUCGCCACAGAAGUGCCAACAACGGCAACCACAACAGUGUCCACGUCAACAACUACAACAACAGCCUCAACAGUGCCCACAGCAGCACCCACAACAUCAUACACCAACUAUGGCAACGUAUUAUUAUCCCCAUCAACAGCAAGUGCAAAUUCCACAAUGGAAUGCAAUGACUUCAGCGCCGCCGGGUCCAACACCAAUAUAUGCAGUUCCUUGCCAGCCUGGGUGCCUGCCUGUUAUGGUGGCGCCAAUUUAUCAAUUUCCAUGCACAGCAUUGGGGCCACAGAGUAUCGCUCCCCACGUUCCACAUCCACCCGUGGUCACAGAAAUCCCACAGAUAACUUAUGCUUCAUAUGUGCAGCCUCCAGUUUACAUACAACAAGGCAACGAAACUACUUCUCAGGCGAAUGAGUCAUACUAUGAAGAACAGACAACCACAGAAGAUGAAAAAGGUUACGUAGAUCAAGUUCAACAAUUAGAAACUGAAGCUCCUGAAAAUGUGACUCAUUCUCUUUCAGAAGUUAAUACUCAUGUAAACACUGAUGCUUCAGCACAGGAAGUUAAUCAAAUAUCUGAGGAUCCUAUACAAAUUUAUUUAUCGUUAGCUAAAGACACAUUAUCUUCGCCGAGAAUGUCGGCAAUAGACCCAAACGACAUUAUAGAUGAGUUAUUCGGCAUGUUUGUAUUGGCUUGCUGA